AUUUUGAUUUACAUAAAAUGAAUUGAUAUAGGUCACAUGACUUAAAAAUGGCGAACUAUAAGGAGGAGGGACUUCAAUCGUUGAAGAAACUAGAUGUUAAAGCUGUCACUAAACUGCUGCAUGGUUUGGUGGACAAUGUUUGUAAGAGAGGACACCUGCAUUACCAAGACUAUGAUCAAACGUGGAGCCUGGAGGAAUGGUUUGACUUGGUGGAGGCUGUCGAGGGACUGAUAAAGGCUGCUAUCCGAGAACCACUCAACAAAGACCAGAUUUAUCAGAGACUUGGCAGUUUACCACAGGAAUACCAGUCUGUGUUCAUGGAAGUUAUCAACGCAAGACGGUCCGACAUCCAUCAGCAGCUGGUCACUGAUACAAACUUAAUCUCAAAAUCCACCUUAAAAGAUUUUGAUUGGCAAAUUAAGUUAGCAAUGGCUAGUGACAAGCUUUCCUCCAUCCAAGAACCUCUACUCAAUCUUGAUCUUGAUGUUCAGAAUGAGGCCACAACAGAAAUACAUUCAUUAGAGCUAACACGAGAGGAUUUGAAAAACCUCAUCUCAAGCCUGGAGGGAGCAAAUCGGGCUGUUCAGCAGUGGAAAACAUGAGUAGAAACAUGUCAGAAGAUGUCUAGAUGAAAAUACACAGGGAUAUAACUCUGGACUUGGUCACAUGAUAACAGAGCCGUACAGAAACAUAUAGUGCCAGCUACACAAGCAAUCAGUGCAUUGCUCUAUCUGUAUAUCGUCUGAAAUAUUUGUAUUAUAUGUACAUUAAACAAAAAUUAUUUUCUAA